AUGGACGCAAAAAAGGGCGUUGUUGUUGUUGAUGAUGCGCUUGCUUGGAUGCUGGUGGAAGCCACGGGAGAUUCAGAAGUUGAUGCCAAAAUCAAGCCCGUUGAUGGCGAUGAUGAUGAUCAUGAUGAUGCGGAAUCAUGUAUCUCCGAUGUACCGGAAGAAAACCGUCGCGGUGAUAAGAAGAACCAGAAGGUGGCAGCUGGUCAGGAGGAGAAGAUAGGUGGUGUUGAUGAACAAAAGGGAAAACCAAUUAUAUCCAAGAACAAAUCAAGUACUGCUUCUGUUGAUUCAACUGAGGAUGAAAAGAACAGGCUUUUCUGGGAAGCUUGUUUGGGUUCUUAA